AUGGGGCCCAAACGGUUGCUUUCACCAGUUACUUUGCUGCUGUUUUGUACAGCAGCAUGCGCCACGUACGCCGAGGACGAGCAGCACGACGCGCACGAGGGUGACGAUGUGACGCUGCAGUGUCGGUUCACGCUGCAGCCCGGCGCCGGCGAGUCACUCACGUACUACUGGGUCCGCAACACAGCCAGCGGCCACGACAAUGUCGCCAUCGGAAAUAUACCGCUUGAGACUAAUUAUCAGAUAAAGUACGCACCGUCGGAGGGCCGCUUCGACCUGGUGGUGUCGAACGUGACGUACGAGAGGGACAAUGGGCGGUUCGAGUGCCGCGUGAAGGCGGGCGGGUCGGGGCGCACGCUGCACGCGCAGACGCACGCGCUCACCGUGCUGACGCCGCCGCAGCCGCCGCGCCUGACGCCCGCCGCGCGCGCGCCCGCACAUGAGGACCAGGAGCUGCGCCUGCAGUGCUCCAGCGCCGGCGGCUCGCCGGAGCCCUCCAUCAAAUGGUACCGCGAGGGCUCACCGGUGGCGCUGGACGCGGCCGUCGAGCACGGGCGGACCCGCGCGGAGCCCUCGGUGGCCACGCUGGUGCUCGUGCCGAAGCGCGAGGACGACGGCGCGGUGUUCCGCUGCGUGGUCUGGAACCGCGCCAUGCCCGACGGACGUCAGUACAACGCCACCGUGCAGCUCAGUGUCAAUUACUUUCCACGAGUGGAAGUCGGUCCAGAAAAUCCUCUUCGUGUCGAAGUUGACGGCACAGUCACGAUGGAGUGCAAAGUAGACGCUAAGCCGAAAGUAACCAGCGUGCGAUGGACUAGGAAUGGCAAAUACAUUUCUAACUCAUUCUCACAUACAAUACAGGGCGUGGCAGUGCAGGAUGCCGGUCAGUACACCUGCACGGCGGAUAAUGGCCUGGGUCGCCCCGGUGAAAAGGAAAUUACUUUGGAUGUCCUAUACCCUCCCACGGUCACGAUCGACUCAAAGACGUACGAAGCUGAGGAAGGUGGUAAUGUCGAGAUUCGUUGCGAGGUGUCCGCUAAUCCCGAGCCUAUCUCCGUAGAAUGGAGUAUGGAGGGAAAACCAGAGUUUCGUCAGAAAGGAAAUAUAUUAACCCUGGGCAGGGUGGACGCAGAUGUAGCGGGAACGUACACGUGUCGAGCUGUCAACGUUAUUUCUACCAGCAGCGGGAAUCGGGUUGAAAGGGCCAGCAGUGCGUCCGUAGCGGUAUUGGUGCGACAUAAGCCAGGGCGAGCCCAUAUCACUCCUGAAAGGCCAGUAGCCCAAGAGGGAGCGGGAGUGACCCUUACGUGCAGCGCGAAGCCUCCAGGCUGGCCCGCUCCACAGUAUCGCUGGUUUCGAGAUAUCGAUACAUCGGACGCUAACCCCAUAGUCUUAGCUACGGGAGUAACGUACAACAUACCAAACGCCCAUCUUGGCAGCGAAGGUGUUUACCACUGCCAAGCAACCAACGAACUGGGCCAUGGUGAAUUAGCAUCCGUCACUUUGGAAGUCCAUCAACCACCGCGAUUCCAUUCCAAGCUCCAGCCUCAUGCGACGAAACGCUCUCGUGAACAGAACUUUUCGCUAUCGUGCAGCGCGUUUGGUAAACCCCUUCCAACCGUCAAAUGGUACAAAAACAAUUCGGAAAUUAAACCAGACGUGAAUUUGUACGAAGUGAAGACCGACGUCACGGAAGGCAGGGACUCGGUGUACAACGUACAGAGCACCCUCAGAUUCUACGGCAAAGCGAGACCGAAUAUCAACGACUUGAUACCCGAAGACAGGGGCCUGUACACGUGUGCGAUUGAAAACGAAGUAAAAAAAAUUGAAUCUUCUAUGCAUCUUCGAAUUGAGCAUGAACCAAUUUCGAUUCGACAACAGAAGAAAGUAGCAUUCGACGUAAUGGAGGCGGCUGAAAUAUCAUGUAGAGUUCAAGCUUACCCCAAGCCUGACUUCCUGUGGUUCUUUGGCUCCAGCAGUUCUCCGCUACAGUCCUCUGACCACUACGACAUCACAACGAUCACGGAAGACAACGACUCGUAUUUAAGCGUACUAAAGCUGCGAAACGUAAAGCCACAAGACUACGGCGACUACUACUGCAACGUGAAGAACUCCCUCGGUAGCAUUCGUCCGCAAAUACGAAUGCAGCCGAAAGGCGCUCCGGAGUCCCCGCGCGGUUUAACCAGCCAGAAGAUCGGUUCUACGUACGUGACCCUGAAGUGGGAGGCCGGUUUCGACGGGGGCUUAACCAACACAAAAUACUUUGUGUGGUACAGAAGAGUCGCCAGGGGUGCCGGCUCGGAGGACCAAUGUGUCGCCGCGCGCAGCGACGUCAACGACUGGCGCGAGUACGACUGCAUGCGCGCCAACCCCUGCAACGUCACGCGCUUGGACCAGCAUAACACUUACACUUUCAAGGUAAAAGCAGUAAAUACGAAGGGCCAGAGCAACUAUUCCAAUGAAAUAACAGUUACAACUAAAGUGGAUAAGAUCCCACCACCCGAGCAACUGACCUACGAUCCAAGUACAAGAGCGGUUGUAUUCAGUGUUGGACCUACUUGCUUAGGACUCAUCGGCGUGGCAGAGGGCCUGGGCAGAGUUGGCGGCUGGCAGGUGGUGGAGACGCUGCCACUGAGCGUGUCGGGUGCGGGCAGCAGCGUGCAGCGCGGCGUGCUGGCGGCGGGCAGCGGGGCGGGCGGCGGGCCGCGCGGUGGGGCGGCCGGCGCGCUCGACGAGCUCAACCCCCGCCUGCGCCUGCGCUUGUGCUUGCUGCACAACCAGGACGUCUGCAGCGAAUACGUCGAGGCCGACAUUGGUCCGGCUUACAUCAAGGAAGCGUCGGCCCUGACGACCGCCACACUGAUCGCGAUCGUAGUUUCCGCGCCGCCGCCUUACAUGGAGUAUCCGAACGCCGGGAUGGAGAACAAGGCUCUGGAACAUUCGAUGGAGCUGGCGAUGGACGACUCGAAGAACGCCGUGUACGCGACUCAAGCCGCGUACGGGUACCACAUCGCGCCUCACGCCACACCCACGCACGUUGGACAAAAUAUGUCUAAUAUGGACUGGGUGAACACAGGGUAUAUGGACAAAGGCUACGCGAACAGCAAUAACGGCGGCAGCGUCAACUCGCAAGACUCUCUGUGGCAGAUGAAAAUGGCGGCCGCCAACAAUACGGGCAUGAUGAUGAUGGACAGAACCAGUAACUACGGCUACGACCCCAUGCACGCCGGCUACGGCACCAUCGACGACUACGCGGCCUACCAGCCGCUCCCGCACGCGGGCCACGCCGCCCACAACGCCCACCCCACGCAUGGGAGCCACGUGCCCAACACUGAUUACAUGCGCACCUCGCAGAACCCCUCUAGACAGGACUACUGUUCCGAUUCCUAUGCAUCUGUGCAUAAGCCCAAGAAACGCAUGGAUCAGCAUACUGAGUCGCCGUACCACGAGGUGAGCGGACUGCCCGAGGCGUGCGCGGACGAGGCGGGUGGUGAGGACAAGCCGCCGCCGCUGUCGCUCAGCUACGACGAGUCGCUCGAGUCCGGCUACUCCACGCCCAACUCGCGCGCGCGCCGCGUCAUCCGCGAGAUCAUCGUCUGA